GAGGAAAGACCCUGGGGAGGGAGGAAGGAAAACCGGAGAAGGCGGGGUUAAACCGCCUAGCCGAGUCAAGAAGAGCUUGAAGGAAGAGCCCACGGAUUUAUAUAUCCAAAUUCCGGAAACGGAUUCGAAGCUCGUAGACAUCGGAGACGCCGGCAAUUCCCUCGCCCUUUUUCCGCCUCUGCUUCGGUGAUGAAUAGUUGAAGGGAAGGAGCUUCGAUCGGAGAUGGCGGCCCAUCAUCGCAGCGAGGCGAGCAGCAGCGGCGGCGGAAGGGGGGAGUCGGUGGUCUCGGACUGCGGCCGGCGGAGGAGCUCCUGCGGGUACUGCAAAUCGCCAAAUGGCUUCUCCAGCGUUUCUCACGGCUUGAUUGCGCAGAGCCUGACCGUGGAUGACUAUCAAGAUCUCCUUGAUCGAGGAUGGAGAAGAUCUGGCUCUUUCCUUUACAAGCCAGAUAUGAGUACUACGUGUUGCCCUUCUUAUACUAUCCGCUUAAAAGCAGCGGACUUUUCUCCUUCCAAGGAGCAAAAUCGAGUACGCAAACAGAUGGAAAGGUUUCUGGAUGGUACACUGGACACCAAAGCCAAGCCUGAGCUCCUGGAGGAUUUAAAUACUUCUAAAGUGGCAUGUGAAUGUGAAUGUCAUGGAAGGUCAAGCUUGGCAACGGUUGAAACUUCUGUGGAUGUGGAGGAGGAUAAGAAUGAGCCAGAACAAUUUAUGCAUUACUUGUCUGAUGCAAUUGAUAAGGCUGUGCAGGCAUGCAUUGAAAGGGAGACGUUUUCUGCCAAUCUUCAAUUACCUAAAGCUUCUGUCAAAGGAGUCUCCCCAACCAAGAAGAAGAAGCUAGUCAAAGGAUUGGAAAAUCUCUCGUAUACCAGUAACAUUGCUUUCCAAUUGGCUGCCACUUUAAGGCGUGCACAGUCAGGAAAAAAGGAUGAAAAAGGGUCAGAAUUCUCUGGAAUCUCAGCAGAAGACCAACUGCCUUCUGAGUUGACACCUCGAAGGAUUGGAGAAAAGUUGGCGCGGUCAUUGUCUCAAACGGAUGAAACAUCUGGCUUCUUGGUCCAAGCAUGUAACGGACAUCUGAACUUUUAUUCUAUUGCAGAGCACGCUUCAGCGGAUAAGACUGGCGAAGAAAAAUCUCUCUCUAAAGAAUCUUCAACGAGAAAUGGAAACAAGAGAAGAUGUAUGGUGAGGUGCUGUAAAUGUUGUUCAGGAAGAAGGCGGAAGCUUGAGAUUCUUCUGAAAAGAUCCACUUUUGAGCGUGAAGAAUUUGAGUUGUACAGGCGAUAUCAGUUGAAAGUGCACAAGGACAAUCCAGCCCAGGUCACAGAGAGUGCGUACAAGAGAUUUUUGGUUGACACUCCAUUAGUUUUUGUUCCCUCGACCAAUGAUGGUUCAGUUCCUCCCUGCGGUUUUGGGUCUUUCCAUCAGUCAUAUGUUAUUGAUGGGCGAUUAGUUGCGGUUGGUGUGGUGGAUAUCCUUCCUAAAUGCUUGUCGAGUAAAUAUUUAUUUUGGGACCCUGACUUUGCCUUUUUAUCACUGGGAAAAUAUUCGGCUUUGCAAGAAAUAUCUUGGGUGAAGGAAAAUCAAGUUCACUGCGCCAGUCUUCAGUAUUAUUACCUUGGCUAUUACAUUCAUUCAUGCAGCAAGAUGAGAUAUAAAGCAGCGUAUCGGCCAUCUGAGCUUCUAUGUCCCCGCCGUUACCAGUGGGUUCCCUUCAACGUUGCAAAGCCUCGGCUUGAUGAAAGUAAGUAUGUUGUCCUGUCAGAUUAUAAAGACCAGGAUGAAAAGCCAUUGCUGCCUCCAGUUUCUGAUCAUAUCAGUGAACAUCAGCAUGAAGAAAGUGAGCAUAAGGACUUGAAUGAUUGUUUCGUUGGAGAUGAAAUGUUUGACCCUGAUGAGGAAGAUUCUGAUGUUGUAUCAGAAAGUGAAAGCUCUAAUGUAGAACUCCCUGAAACAGAGGAUAGGGAAAUUGGAAAUGCUCUAAUAGGAUUACAGGGGUCUCCCCUGAGAUACAAGGAUCUGCAAGGGGCCCUUGGUCCUGCUGAGAGAAUCCUGGAAGGCCAAGUGCAGAGGACUAUUAGGAAGCUCCGACUGUUCCUUCGCAUGAUCAAAUGUCAAUGCUUCUCCUAGUCUUGAUCGAUGUAAAAUGUGAGUGCGUGCUGGUAUGCCUUACGAUGUUAUUCCAUUGAACUUGCUGAGUCAGUCGACGAAAUUUCAGAUGAACCUUGCCCCUGCGGGGCAUUAUUUUCAUGUGUCGUGAAUGUUGCAUCAUAGGUAGACCUGAAAAAAGGCAUUGCCUGCGCAUUUUUCUUAGAUUUUUCCAUCA